AAGUAAUACUACCCUAAUAGUGUGGCAUAUAAGCUUUCCCCAAAAAAUAGAAAAGGUAAAAUUAUGAAUUGAAUAUUUUUGAAAGAAAAUAUACCAAACCAGCCGGUCUCAAUCAAUGGCGAGGACCGCAGAUAACAUGAUGACAAUUGAACGUUAGUGUGGUACGGAGUGAUUUGGAGUCGGUUGAUAUACUGGAGAGAGUAUAGAGGGUGAUACUGAUUACUGAUACAUCACAAACUGGGUCGGGCUCCUACUUACAGAGAGAAGAGAGAAGUCUUCGGAAUCUAGAACCCAUAUAAAUUUGAGGAGGAAUAUUCAAUUGUUCUAACAUCCUUAUAAGCUUAUCUCAGUUUUAUUUGGAGGAUAUGAAUUUUGCCGGCCCUUCUGUAGGUUCUGCUAGUAGAGCUGUUCAAAGAUCCUUCAACUUUGGAAAGACUUAUGUGGUGAAACCCAAAGGUAAACACCAGGCAACGGUAGUUUGGCUGCAUGGACUUGGAGAUAAUGGUUCUAGCUGGUCCAGUCUUUUGGAUACCCUCCCUCUUCCAAACAUUAAGUGGAUCUGUCCAACAGCCCCUCAGCUACCAAUAUCUUUAUUUGGAGGCUUUCCUUCAAAUGCUUGGUUCGAUGUGAAUGAACUUUCCGAAGAUGCAAUUGAUGAUAUAGAGGGCCUGGAUAUUUCCUCAUCAUAUGUGGCAAGCUUGUUGGCAACAGAGCCUCCUGACAUCAAACUUGCUGUUGGAGGCUUUAGCAUGGGCGCUGCAAUAUCCCUUCACUGUGCAACAUGUUACGCUGUUGGGAAAUUUGAGAAUGGGAACCCAUUCAAAUCCAACUUAAGUGCAGUAGUUGGCUUAAGUGGCUGGCUUCCCUGUGCCAAGACUCUAAGCAACAAAUUAGGAGGGAUUGAAGAGGCUGCAAGACGUGCCGCUUCACUGCCUAUCCUGCUAUGUCAUGGCAAAGGAGAUGAUGUCGUUGCUUACACAUAUGGUGAGAAGUCAUCACACAAGCUGAGUUCAACUGGGUUUCACGAUGUCACUUUCAAAUCAUACAAAAGCCUUGGGCACUACACUGUCCCAGAGGAGAUGGAUGAAGUUUGUGCUUGGUUAACCUUGAAACUGGGGCUUGAAGGAUAAUUGUGAUCUUGCUGUGUUAACUUUGGCUGUUCCUAAAAGGGCAAGAUGGUAAUGUGAAAGCUUGUGUCACAAAUGUUUUUUUCAGUUUCCAAUAUGGCGGGCGAUGUGUGCCUUGUAAUGGAUUUGAGAUUCUACAUAUUUGAUUUUAGAGAGCGAGUCCCAUUGGUAAUAGCCCUAUUUUGCAUAUUCUGUUUAUGAGCAGAAUAAUAUGAAUAAGUAGCGUCUUGAACUUCAAAAUUGGGCUGGAAUGGAUUUUACCAUUCAUUUUUCUUUUAUGGCACUUUUUAUGAACAUACAAAAUAAAAGUAUGUGACAUUCUUUUGAGUUUUAAAAAAAAGUGACCAAGUAUGAAUAAAGUUCCGCUGAUUUUUUCAGAUUUUUUGGGUACAAGCCCAUAAUCUGCCAAUGGUGUUUCUGACCCUAAAA